GCAAAACCAAAGGAAACCAAACCAAACCAGCAGCAGCUGCUUCGUUUGCCGUGGUUUUCCAACCCAUCUUCCCUUCCCUUCCCUUCUUUGGGUUUUCCGGCCGGCGGCUCCCCUCCCCCACCUCCUCCUCACCUCGCACUCUGCCUCCCUGCUUCCUACUCUACUCCACUGUAGGUCGGUCUGUAGCCCACCAACCCCGCGUUGCCCCCAUCCAUCCAUCCAUCCACCCCCACCGGACCGGUGGGAAGGGGAGGGGAAAUCGGCGGGAGGAGGAGAUGAGAAUCUCCUUUUCUCUUCCCUUCUUCUUCUUCUUCUUCUUCUUGCUCUUUGGAUCCACCGCCCGCUAAUGCCGCCUAGCCGCCCCGAUUCGACCCAUCACCACCGCGCACCAAGGCGGCGCCGCCGGCGGUAGCUCGUGCCACAGAGGCCGGAGAUUCGCCUGGCCUCCUCCUCCUCCGCUCAAGGGAUGUAAUUUGUGGCUGGACGGACGGACGCCGCAGCACGCAGAGGCAAACCCCAAUUCAUUCAUGCCUUCCUUCCUUCCUUGAGCCAGUCAGUAAGUCAGUCAGUCAGUCAGCAGGAAUCAACCAAUUGAUUUGAUUUGAUUUGAUACCACAAGAGUCAGUCAGUUGCUGCACAAAAUCAAAAUUCCACAGUCUGAAUCUGAAUGAAUGAACCCUGGUAUGUAUGGUAGAGCCCAUGGCAGCAAGAGCAAUGCGGCCCUUCCCAUGCUGCCUCAUCUCACUGCUGCUGCUGCUGCUGCUGCUGCCGCCGCUGCCGCUGUCGCGAGCUGCCACCGGCGAUUUCAGCCACUGCGGUGGCUGCGACGACGCCGACGAGGGCAGCCUCUGGAGCACGGACAACAUCCUGCAGUGCCAGAAAGUCAGCGACUUCCUCAUCGCCACCGCCUACUUCUCCAUCCCGCUCGAGCUGCUCUACUUCACCACCUGCUCCGACCUCUUCCCCCUCAAGUGGAUCGUCCUGCAGUUCGGCGCCUUCAUCGUCCUCUGCGGCCUCACCCACCUCAUCAACGUCUUCACCUACGAGCCCCACUCCUUCCACCUCGUCCUCGCCCUCACCGUCGCCAAGUUCCUCACCGCCCUCGUCUCCUUCGCCACCGCCAUCACGCUGCUCACCCUCAUACCGCAGCUGCUCAGGGUCAAGGUCAGGGAGAACUUCCUCAGGAUCAAGGCAAGGGAGCUGGACCAGGAGGUGGGCAAGAUGAAGAGGCAGGAGGAGGCCAGCUGGCACGUGCGCAUGCUCACCCAGGAGAUCCGCAAGUCCCUCGACAGGCACACCAUCCUCUACACAACCAUGGUCGAGCUCUCCAAGACCCUGCACCUGCAGAACUGCGCCGUCUGGAUGCCCAACGAGGCCAGGACCCACAUGAUCCUCACGCAUCAUCUCAGAGAAAGGGAGAUAACCGAGUCGCACAGCGGCUCCAUUCCUAUCUCUGACCCGGACGUGGUUGAAAUAAAGGCGACGAGGGGCGCCAAGGUCCUCGGGGAAGGGUCGGCGCUAGGGACUGCCAGCAGGUGCAAUCCCGAGGCAGGGGCUGCGGUCGCUGCGAUACGGAUGCCGAUGCUAAGGGUGUCCAAUUUCAAAGGAGGCACCCCGGAAAUGAUGGAAACGAGCUAUGCUAUUCUGGUCUUGGUCUUACCCGAGGACGGUUCCCUAGGGUGGGGUGAGCAGGAGCUGGAGAUUGUCGAAGUGAUCGCCGAUCAAGUGGCGGUCGCGCUCUCGCAUGCUGCUGUUCUUGAGGAGUCGCAGCUGAUGCGAGAGAAGCUUGCUCAGCAGCACAGGGACUUGCUUCAGGCAAAGCAUGAGGCUGUGAUGGCAACUGAAGCCAGGAAUUCCUUUCAGAGUGCCAUGUAUGACGGGAUGCGCAGACCGAUGCACUCGGUCCUUGGUCUCGUCUCGAUGAUGCAGCAGGAAAGCAUGAAUCCAGAGCAAAGGCUCGUGAUGGACGCCAUCGUCAAGACAACCAGUGUUGCCUCGACGUUGAUGAAUGAUGUCAUGCAAACAUCGACGAUGGACCGUGAGCACUUAUCUCUGGUGAGGAGGCCCUUCAGCCUCCACUCCUUGAUUAAGGAAGCGGUCAGCGUUGUAAGGUGUCUGUGUGGCUCCAAGGGGGUUGAUUUCGAGUUUCAAGUGGAGAAUUCUUUGCCCGAAAGGGUCGUUGGCGACGAGAAGAGGGUUUUCCAUAUUGUCUUGCACAUGGUAGGCACUCUGAUAAAUCAAUGCCGUGCGGGCUGCCUCUCUUUGUAUGUGAAUAGUUACAACGAGAUGGAUGAGAGGCAUAAUAAUCAGGACUGGAUGCUGCUGCGAAGAGCAAACUUUUCUGCCGGAUAUGUGUGUGUCAAGUUUGAGAUUAGGAUUAAAAAAUCCAGAAACAGCCUUUUGGAUGCGUCUGCCAGCCAAAUAAGUCAAGAGCCGAACGCUAGCAGUUCGGAGAUGGGCCUUAGCUUCAACAUGUGCAAGAAGAUUGUGCAGAUGAUGAAUGGUAAUAUCUGGUCCGUAUCAGACCCAGAAGGGUUGAGAGAGACGGUCAUGCUGGCUCUCCAGUUCCAGGUGCAACAUGUGACCCCUGUCUCAGGAGCAUCCUCGGACCUAUACCGGUUAUCACCGAUCCCCAACUUCAACGGGCUCCAUGUCCUCCUGGUGGACGGUGAUGACACCAACCGAGCAGUCACCCACAAGCUCCUGGAGAAGCUUGGGUGCCGAGUCUUUUCGGUCAGCUCGGGCAUCCAGUGCAUGACCUCCUUUGCGGGCGGCGAGUCGUCCUUCCAGCUGGUGCUUCUGGACCUGACGAUGCACACGAUGGACGGGUUCGAGGUGGCCCUCGCGAUCCGCAAGUUCAGGAGCAACAGCUGGCCGCCACUGAUCGUGGCCCUUGCGGCGAGCUCGGACGACAAUGUCCGGGACCGGUGCCAGCGGUCAGGGAUAAACGGUCUGCUCCAGAAGCCCGUCACGUUGGCGGCCCUGGGGGAUGAACUGUAUAGAGUCCUUCAGCACAACUGAAAGUUGUCGUCUCUGUGGAUCUUGAUAGAUUGUUGUAGCUUGAUGAGUAGUUGAUUCCGUUUUGAUCGAUUAUUAUGCCAGGUUAGGUCCCAUACAGAUGACAAGAAGCAUUUGUGCAAAAACAAAAAAAAGUAAGGAAUUAAUUGUACAGGAAGGAAGGAAGGAAGAUGUAAGCCUGCCUUUUUUCGCUUUGGUGAAGAAAGGUGGGGAAUUUUGGAGAGAUGAAAAAAGCUACCCACUUAGGUUCUCUUUUUAGGGCUAUUCAUUUGUAAAGCCUCUUAUCUUGGAUUAUUAAUGAUUUAUUUGUGAGGCAA